AUGGCGCGUCUCAAAGCAGUGUUAGCACCCUUGUGUGCUUACUUGCACCUAGCAUUCUGCCAGCAAUACGAACUCACCCAAACCUACACAGCGCAAAACUUCUUCGACGAAUUCACCUUCUUCACGGGUUCCGAUCCCACAGGUGGCUUUGUGAGCUAUGUACCUUUCGAGACCGCCGCCUCGGCCCGCCUGAUCGGGAAUGUCUCAGACGUUAUCUACCUGGGCGUCGACAAGACGAACUUCUACACGCCCGGCGGGCCCGGCCGUGCGAGCGUGCGGGUCGAGAGCAAGAUGACGUUUACGGAGGGCCUGUUUGUGAUCGACUUGAGCCAUAUGCCGGUGGGGUGUGGGACAUGGCCUGCCCUCUGGACCGCCGGGCUCUCCGACUGGCCCGCAGACGGCGAAAUCGACAUCAUCGAGAACGUCAACGACGCGCGAGAAAACAACGCCGCGCUGCACGCAACGGGGAAUUGCUCGGUCGUUGAGACAGCGGAGCAGACCGGGGUGUGGAAGAGCACGGAUUGCAACAUCGUGCACGACGAAAAUCAGGGGUGUGGGACGCGCUUUACCGAACCGUAUAAUUUCGGGAGAGAGUUCAACGUGAAUGGCGGUGGCAUGUACGUUAUGGAGUGGACCUCCGCCGCGAUCAAUAUCUGGUUCUUUCCCCCGACUGGGAUUCCAGAAUCUCUAUCGGCGCUGGAUCCCUCCUACGCCUCGAGUUCGCAUCCGGAUCCUUCCACCUUCGGUGCUCCAAGCGCGUCUUUCUCGGGGCCCUGCUCUUCCUCCUUCGGAGACAAGUUCUUCAACCACAGCAUCAUCAUCGACACGACGUUCUGCGGCGGCUGGGCCGGCGGGACUUUUGGUGAGGGGCCAUCAGCGUGCCCUCUGGCUGCUGGAAAGAGCCCGAUUGAUAGCUGUGUUGAUUAUGUGGCUGCUAAUCCUCAGGCGUUCGAAGAGGCGUACUGGGGGAUCAAGAGUUUGAGAGUUUGGCAG